UCAAAAACAUGACCAGCUACAGGAUGACUGACUGUCAUAAAACUCAACCACCGGGCUUACCAUGUUUUCUGGGGGAUACCCUGCAAGCACAAUGCAUGCUAAUAUUUAUUUAUCACAUACCAGAAAAAACAGCUACCUUCUGUUUAUUCAUAGUCAUGGUUGUAUUUUCUGUCUUUGUUUUAGGUUCAAUGUCAAGAAGAGAGAGAACACAUAUCUCGGAGGAAGCGAAGGUCUUCCUCCAGAAAGCCUAUAAAGAAGGGAUGACCAGGGUGGGAUCUCCACUGGUUGGAACGGCAUCCCAGGCCACUGGCUUGCCACCGUUUGUCAUUGAUAACUGGAUUGGAAACUAUAGAAGAAAAAAACCAUCUUCUUCUCAACCUAAAAACAAGAAGUUAUACACCAAGGACCUGUCUGGUUACAACCUGUUCUGCAGGGAUCAGUUAAAGAACAAGGGAAGCCUGAAAGAUAUUACGCAGAAAUGGUCCACUUUGGCAGAAGAGCAGAAGAGGCAAUAUGCGGAGGAGGCAGCAGCUCUAAAAGUUCAGCGCACUUCAGAUGGCAUGAGCCCAGAGAUGCGAUGCCUGAAAUUGAAGAAGCACCUAAAACAGCUGAAAAUUGAGGUUGCCGGUCUUGAGAAGCUUGGGGUAGAGACUGGUGUAAUGAUGUAUGACCAUCAAAAGCCUUUAUUAGAAGUCCUAGAAGUGAGCAGCAAAGGCGCUUCUUCGUUCUUCAACAGUACCGACGUACUGGACAACUUUGCACUGCAUUUCCAAGGAAAAUCAUUAUCUACUUCUGCUGCAAAAGAACCGGUGGAUCAAAUUGUUAAGAAAGUGCAGGAUCUCUUCAACAGGAAAUACAAUGAAGCGGGUGGCAGAGGAAGGCUCCCGUACAUCUCCAUUCAAAAUAAAAGCAUAAUUAUCAACGCUUGUGGUCUACCUGAUGGCAUCAUUCUCAAAAAACCAUGCCACUAUGGACGUAAACAGUUAGAAGUCAUUUUAAAUAAUGCGGCGAACAUUUCCUUUACAAUUCAUGAAAAGACUGUUGAAGAAUCAGUUGUAACAUCUGACACUGGAGUGGUGAUAACUGCAAAUGACCCCGGGAGAAAAAUUAGGACACCAACUGUGGAAGACAUUUUGAAUGGAAUGUGUGCAAAUGAUGAGCGGAGCAUAACAGAGCCUAUGGGUUUGACGGAAGUGCUGUCAAGAGAACCGACUACAGAUGAUACUAAGGAUGUUUGCAACAUCUGCCACUGUCUGUUCAGUGAUCAGAAAAAAAAUGCCAAGAAGAAGUGGCGUGAGUGGCGACGUUGCAACACAUGUGAGCAGUGGUCACACCUGGCAUGUGGAUUCAAGAAAAACUUGUGUCGUCAUUGUCAGACCCCCUAGAAGUUGAGCCUUGUUAUGUCUUUCAAUGUUAGCAUUUCCUGUAGUUUGUUUUAAACAAUUGAUAAAUGUGCUAUGUUCAAUAAAAGCUUUUGUAUUGAAAAGA